GAUUCCCGUUUAUUUUGUAAUGUUUGUGCGUUAUAUUCCUGCAGCAUUAGAUACCAUCAUGUAGAUAAACAUAAUACAAUACAAACAUAAUGCUAACAAGUCAUCAUGUCGCUGUAUUUAUCCUCACAUUCUUUUGUUAUGUCUGGUUUCAUGCUACAAGAAAAACCUUUAGCAAUGUUAAAGAUGAUAUAUCAAAAGAAUGGACACCCACACCAUGCAACUUAACAUGGCCGUGUCCAUCGCCAAACAAGACAUGGUCAUCACAUAAUUUGUUCGAAAGUUAUGACGAUGCCAAACCAUUUUUAGGGUUGCUUGAUACUGUCUUCAUGUUCUGUUACGCUGUGGGCUUGUACUUCAGUGGAAUAAUUGGCGACAGGUUUGAGUUGAGAAAAGUGUUAGCUGUUGGCAUGUGGUUGUCAGGAAUUCUGGUUUUUACAUUCGGAACUUUGACCCAGUGGGUGCAUUUUUACAACAAAGCGUUUUACAUUGUUAUAUGGGGUCUAAAUGGAUUAGCUCAGUCCUGUGGAUGGCCUAGUGUCGUGGCUGUGAUGGGAAACUGGUUCGGUAAAUCGUCCCGUGGUUUAAUAUUUGGUUUAUGGAGUUCUUGUGCUUCCGUUGGCAAUAUAAUCGGAACUCUGCUUGCUUCUCAAGUUAUAGAUUAUGGUUAUGAGCAAGCCUUUUUGGUCACAUCUGUCCCAUUAUUCUGUACAGGGUUUAUUGUUUUCUUUGGACUUGUCAGCUCUCCAACUGAAAUUGGCUUGAGUGACCCAAAUAAAGUUGAACCCGAAAUCAAACCAGAUGAAACUGUGGCAUCGAUUCGAGAGAUUAUUUCAGAUGACGAACCACUUGUAGUGGGGAGUAAUCCAUCUGUUAAUGAGGAAGACGGUGAUAAAAAUGAGAAUGAAACAAAACCAAUUGGUUUCUUUCGUGCAAUACUUCUGCCCGGUGUUAUACCAUAUUCGCUUGCUUAUGGCUGCCUCAAGCUUGUCAACUACGCAUUUUUCUUCUGGCUCCCUUACUAUCUUACAAACAACUUUAAAUGGGAUGACAGCAAGGCAGAUGAUGUGUCUACAUGGUAUGAUGUGGGUGGUAUAAUAGGUGGAAUUGUGUUUGGAGUAAUAACUGAUAGAUUUGAGAAUCGAGCUCCUGUUUUGGUGGGAAUGUUGCUGGUUGCUCCAUUUACUGUGUGGGGGUAUGAACGCUCCCCAAAUAAUGUGGCAAUCAACAGUGUUUUGAUGUCAUUAAUUGGAAUAUUUGUUGGUGGUGCUUCUAAUAUUAUAAGCUCAGCUGUUACUGCGGAACUUGGAAAGCAGCCUGCAGUUGGUCAGAAUGUUGACGCACUUGCAACUGUUACUGGGAUAUUAGAUGGCACCAGCUCUAUUUUUGCGGCAGUUGGACAAUAUCUUGUUGCUGUGAUACAAACAAAUUUGGGUUGGGAUUGGGUGUUUUAUUCAUUUAUUAUAAUGAUAAUUCUUGCAUUAAUUUGUUUGAUUCCUAUGAUUGCAAAUGAUGUGAAAACAUUAUGGUUAAAGACAAGAUUGACAUCAAGUUGAAUUAGUUUCUUCAUGAAGUUUUAAAUUUAAUGUGCAAUGUUCCUUAUGUUGUUUUACUUCCAUUAUGUUUUUACUUAUUCUCUUCUUUUUAAUUCUUGUUUUACAAGUUCUGUAAAACUAUAAUACUGUGGGGUAAAAUGGAUACCACCGUUAGCAGACAAUAUUCCGUAUUUCCUAAUAUUUUUUAAACAACAAGGCUAUUUAUGAAGUCGUGAGGAUAUGGUUAUAUUAUUCACGUAAGGAUUCUUUGUUUUCUAUCAAAUGGGACGAUAAAAGAAAAUGUAAACAUGAACAAUUUUACCCCAACCGAAUAUUUUUUUUUAACUUUUGUAGUUUUAAAAUUUUAUAGUAAUGAAGAUUCAUUUACUACACGAUGCCAAUAUUAAUUCUACCACAUCGCUGUCUGGUUAGUUACGCUAUUUGGAUUCAAUCGCGAAAAAAUGGUGAUAAAGAAUAAAACAUCCAAUAAAAAA